AUGGAUGAAUUCGACUUUAUGGACUACAACGCUACAGACAAACGCGUUUCAGGACAACGGAUACUUGAUCAGAGUGGGAUCUCGGAGAUAUUCCAUGGCGCUAAGCCGGUCAUCCACGACUUCCAGCCUCCGAUCGACAGCACCGCUAUACAACCUCAAGACUGGUUCAUGAUCGCCCAGACAUGCAACACGAUGGCUCAGAAGGGAUACCCGAAGGACAAGAUCGAGGGCAUCGUCGUUGGCCACGGGACUGCUAGUCUUGAAGAAACAGCCUGGGUUCUCUCCCUUGUUCUGGAUUUAGACAUCCCCGUCGUCGUCACUGGCUGUAUGCGUCCCCUGAAUGGGAAGUCCUCCGAAGCAGCUGCCAACCUGUUGGCAGCCUUUCGAGUGGCGUCUCAUGAAUCUUCGAAGGACAAGCACACGCAUCCCAACAGUCCUGGCGUUUUUGUGGUCAUCAACGAUGAGAUCCACUCGCCUCGGACCGUCACUAAGACGAAUACUCUUCGCGUUGGAGCUUUCCAAUCUCCAUGGCGAGGGCCAAUCGGAUACGUUGAUGGAGACACGGUCAACAUCACGUCGCAGCUUCUAAGUUCUCCCAGCAACAAGUUCUCGCCUGAUCUGCUGCGUGAUGGAUUGCCUCGUGUGGAUAUUGUGUACAGUCAUGCCGGUUCCGAUGGAGCCAUGGUGAGAGCCUGCGUUGCUGCUGGUGCUAGAGGAAUCGUGUCGGCCGGGUUCGGACCAGGCUUGGGCACACCAGCCGAGAUUGCUGCCUUUGGUGAAGCCAUUGAAGAUUCCAACGGGCAAGUCACUGUGGUGCAGUCGUCAAGGCUUGGAGCGGGAGUGGUUGUGGACAGCAAGCAGCACCAAAAGCUGGGCAUUAUCGCUGGGAACGAUCUUAACCCUCAGAAGGCUCGCAUUCUCUUGGCUCUGUGUCUUGCAAAUAAUUGGACUCAUGAUCAAAUCAGGAAAACAUUCGAACUUGCAUAA